AUGGCCGCCGUGAAAGCCUGUCACGGCACAGACUCUAUGUACUCUUUAGUGUACUCGUCAUCAGAUUACACCAAGACUACUUUUUCCACAGGCACUGAUGAGCACGGCUUGAAAAUUCAACAAGCUGCUGAGAUUGCUGGGGAAAAUCCUCUUACCUUUUGUACUGAAGUGUCAGAGAAGUUCAAAACUCUUUUCAACACAUGCAGUAUAUCAUACACAGACUACAUUAGGACCACAGAGCAAAGGCACCGCGUGGCUGUGGAACAUUUCUGGUCAGUGUUGAGAAACAGAGGACUAAUUUAUAAAGGGAGUUAUGAAGGCUGGUACUCCACACAAGAUGAAAGCUUCCUCACACCAUCCCAGGUUGGAGAAGUCAUAGAUUCUACAGGAAAACAUAUGAUUUCUUUGGAAAGUGGCCAUAAGGUGGAGUGGAUGAAGGAGGACAACUACAUGUUUCGCCUGUCAGCGUUCAGACAUAAUCUUUUGGACUGGUUGAAAGCAAAUCCCAAUGCUACCUGUCUGUUUCUCGUCAGAGAAGCCGGCUGCAGUGGGGUAUCCCUGUUCCCGGAGACCCUGACCAGACUAUCUAUGUGUGGCUUGAUGCCUUAG